AUGUCCGAUCUGUCCGAUCUUGAUCGACAAUUAGAUCAAUUAAGACGAUGUGAAUUAAUUAAAGAACAUGAAGUUAAAAUGCUUUGUACAAAGGCAAGAGAAAUACUUGUAGAAGAAAGUAAUGUUCAAUGUGUUGAUUCACCUGUUACUAUUUGUGGUGAUAUACAUGGACAAAUGUUCGAUCUACUUGAAUUGUUUCGGGUUGGAGGUGAUGUUCCACAAACGAAUUAUUUAUUUUUGGGAGAUUUUGUUGAUCGUGGUUUUUAUAGUGUUGAAACAUUUUUAUUAUUACUUGCACUUAAAGUUCGAUAUCCUGAUCGAAUAACUUUAAUACGUGGCAAUCAUGAAUCCCGUCAGAUUACGCAAGUAUAUGGUUUUUAUGAUGAAUGUUUAAGAAAAUAUGGUUCUAUUAUGGUAUGGCGAUAUUGCACAGAAGUAUUUGAUUAUUUAAGUUUAUCAGCUGUUAUUGAUGGAAAAAUAUUUUGUGUACAUGGUGGCCUUAGUCCAUCUAUAAAUACACUUGAUCAAAUACGACAAAUUGAUCGAAAAAUGGAAGUACCACAUGAUGGUCCAAUGUGUGAUCUUUUAUGGUCUGAUCCUGAAGAAACGCUUGGUUGGGGUGUUAGUCCACGUGGUGCUGGAUUUUUAUUUGGUAGUGAUGUUGUAUCACAAUUUAAUCAAACAAAUAAUAUUGAUUUAAUUUGUCGUGCACAUCAACUUGUUAUGGAAGGUUAUAAAUGGCAUUUUAAUGAAACAGUUUUAACUGUAUGGUCAGCACCAAAUUAUUGUUAUCGUUGUGGAAAUGUUGCCGCUAUACUUGAACUUGAUGAACAUCUUAAUCGUAGUUUUACAAUAUUUGAAGCCGCACCACAAGAUCAACGUUCAUCAGCAACAAAACGCGUUGUACCCGAUUAUUUUCUUUGA